GAUGACGCAGUUGAGGAGCCACCUGAUCAUGGUGACGGCGCGGAUGAAGAUGAGUGGAACAAGAGGAAUGCUUCCAUUCCUUUGAAAAGGAAAUGCGAAAUUGUUGAGUUUGCAAAGGAGCUGCAGAAAUCCGACAGGUGUUUUCACAUCGAGAAGGAGGUCGUGGCGCAAUUUCCGAAAGAGUUCAAGUCCCUUGAGUCCAAGAAGGGAGGCUACAAGAGCGGCUUGCUGGGCAAAUGGAUGAGGCCUGCUUGGGUGAACAUGGAAGCCCUUGGUUUGGAGGAGCGCUUUUCCAAGGGCCACGAGAAAAGAGUGCCCUUUGCCGUGGAAGCAGCCCUGAAUGAAGUUCUUGAGCGUUUGGUUGCAGGACCGGAGAGGGACUUGCAAACGGCUGGCAAGAUCAAAACGGCCAACCUCUUGGAAGAAACUCGCAAGACCCAUCGGGCACAAAGAGAAAUGGAAAAGGUUCCCUGGGCAUUGGUGCUCAACUACGACCAAAUGUGGCGUGCCGGGCACGAGCCUCCCAAACGUGUCUUGCACAAAAAGUGGCAGAGGAAACAAAUCGAGGGCAAAGGUGACAUUCGGCCUGAUUUUGUGAAGGGGAAGAGGCUCAAUGCAGUUUUGGAAAUUGUCGCAGAAGAGAUGCAGAAAAACAUGGCCAGCGGGCCGCAAUCAAAGCUGCAGAGAUCCGCCGCCCGAUCCGAGAUGGUUCAAGGUGGAAGGUUGGGCAUUACAGCCAUCACAUCAACCUGGGGGAACGGGGAAGUCGGGCCUUUAGGGGUCUGCAUCCCAUCUGGCCGAGUCUCUGCCAGUUGGCUGAAGGCUUUCAAUGAUGAGUGGCAUGCCCAUGUUCUGGUAUUUGAGAGCGGCUCAGAGUCCCAUUUUAUGACCAGUGACACAACACUGGUCUACUUUGAGGAGCUUCUAGGCCCAGCCAUACAGUUACGCCGUGCUCAUCUGAAGUUGGAUGGGUCGGUGCCAGCCAUGCUGAUAUGCGACGCCUUUACAGGCAAUUUUGCAUUCCGGUCCAACGAGGACAAGCGAAGAGAGCGAUGGGGCACUGAGGUGAACUGCAUCCUCCCGGUUAAACCGCCGGGGGGAUGGUCAGCAGCUGGACAACCGUGUGAUGCAUUUCACGGGCUCUUCCGGCGCUUGUGCAACUAUUUCACAGACGCACAUCUUGGUUACCAUGUCCCUGGCCUGGAGCGAUUCGACUCACCGGUUGAGCUAGGUGUGAACGGCCAAAAGCAUUUGGAGAUCAGUCCAGAGGCAUCAAUCAAAUCUUUGGUUUUUGGCUGGCAAGAACUACAGAAGUAUCCGUCUGUGAUGUGUUGGUCAUGGACCUCGCGCGGCUUGGUGACGGAUGAGGAAAUGCAGGCUCUUCGGCCAGAGGUCUUCAAAGAUGGCAAGGCGAUCAAGUGUUCUUCCGCCACAUUGAAAGAGCUUGUGCCAGGGAUUCCUUUGCUGUUGCCGCCAACUAUUCCGCAAGCCCUUGCAGAGAGUGUUGAAGGGCGUGCUGUCCAUUUGUGGCAAAUGAGGGACCCCCAGAUAGCGCAGGUCUGGGUACUGCUGCCGGCUCUCAUGCAGCAGUUUGUGGACAAGCAUUUUGCAGCCUACCAACUACAGGUUGAUGAAGCGACCAAGAUGUUGAACAAAGGCAGGAUCAAGCAGCAGAAGUACGAUCGCAUCAUUGCCGACGCCACCAAGCCUCUUCUCCUAAUGCAUGGGUCAGGGCAACCUGCGACUGCAAGAUAUACGAAAGACCAUCUUGUGACUGAAGACAACGGCCACAUGAGAUUGAAAGCCGGUUCAAAAUCAACAUUGGUCCUCUUCAAUUUCCAGAAGCUGGAGGUCAAGCUUGGGAUCUUGCAAUGGACUCCCCUGCGCGUGGUGAAAGCAGAAGUUGGGAUCGGCAAAGUGACUCUGGAGCUAGACCCAGCUUACAUCAAGCAGGCUGGAUGCGUCCCUGGCUUUGAGGAGUAUGCGGAUUCGGGUAGUGAUGGUCUGCCCGAGGAUGAACCGCCGCCGGGUGAAACCGCAGAGAAUGUGGAACACAUGGGCGUCAUUGUGCCCUUUGCGCAGCCUGAUGAAGAGUUUUGUUCGCUCCAGCAAGGAUUGGAGGAUCUCUUGGCUGAGAUGGAGGGCCUAUCUUCUGAUGAAGAUGCAGAUUCCCAGGAUGAGGAGCAUGUGGAAGUGCAUUUUGAUGAGGGUGGCAAUCUCAUUUGCAGUUGUGCUGAGGUGGAACUCGUAGAUCCAAUGGCCACUGCUGAGCAGGACCAACCUAGCGACAAGUCUGGUGGAUUCAGAACCUCAGAGGCAUGGCUCUACUUGCGCUCGGAGGGCCUCCAGAAUGUUCCUGAGAUCUUAGGCUGCGGAUUGUGCUACAACAGGACGGUGUGGGGAUGUUUCAAACGGAAGAUAUGUAACUCCUAG